AUGCGUCCUAAUUCCUCUAGAACGCCCUCUAUUAAAUCCAUUAGGGGUUAUCCUGAGGAUUUAUACACCGAUGAGUCAGAAGAAGAUGAAACUGACUCCAUUUCCAUGAGUGCUGAGGACUGUAUAGACUAUUGCAUAAAGCUAGUUCCUAAUCAACUUGGCCUUCAACCAUACGUAAAUAAAAAUUCCAAUUCUCCCAAAGAUCACAACAUAUAUAACAAUUUAACAGUUGAACGUCUUGGUGAAGGUAUUACAAAUAGUCUUUACAAGGUUACCAACAUCCUUAAUAAAAAGACUGUUGUCGUUCGUGUUUUCGGUGCCAGUUCAUCCAAGAUGGUCGACAGGAACCGUGAACACUAUAUCCAUGAGCUUCUUUCCAAAUUUCAGAUUGGCAAAUCAAUUUAUUGCUACUUUAAGGGGGGACUAAUUGAGGAGUGGAUUGAAGGCAGGAACCUAACUGAAUACGACCUUUACAACUCGAAUUAUAUGGUCCAAAUUGCUCAAAAUCUCAAGAAACUUCACUCGAUCUCUAUGGACGGCGAGAUGAGUAAACUGAUUCACGGAGGCGACGGAAAGCCAAAGUCUGAACUUUGGCCCACAGUUUGGAAAUACCAUAGACUUGCCAAAAAAUAUAUGAAGAAAAUGAACAAAUCUAUCACAGGCGUAGACUUACGAGCUAUAGAAAAUGUAUUAUUGAAUUUUAAUUUAUUUCCCAAUUUUAAAAUCCCUAUACUUGAGGAAAUUUGUAACAGUAAAAACUCUCCCCUCGUUCUCUGCCAUGCAGAUUUAUUAGCUGGAAACAUCAUUCUCAAACCUGACGACCAUGUGCGAUUUAUCGAUUUCGAAUAUUGCUGUUGCAUGGAACGCGCCUUUGACAUAUCGAAUCACCUGAAUGAGUAUAUGGGUAACAACAUCAAUAGGGAUUUGUUUCCAAAUGAAGACAUGAGGAGAGACUUUAUUAGGGAAUAUCUAAAAUAUGAUAUUAUCGAAUGGAGGCCAAGCCUCGAAGACUUUUGUGGUCAAAUCCACGUUCUCCAUUCAGAGGACUGUGUGGAUGAGAUGGUUUCCGAAAUAGAGCCGUUCUUCCUCGCCUCUCAUCUCCUUUGGGGUCUUUGGGGGGCUUUACAGAGUUGUUUGUCGAAUUUAGACUUUGAUUUUGAGGAUUACUCUCGCCAAAGGCUUGACAUUUUCAUGAAGGAUCCUUUUUGGGAAAAACAUCUCAAGAAGUGA